UGAAUUGUCAGAUCAAACGUCAAAAUCAAAACGUCGAACUCGGAAAUUAAGAUUCAUUUCAUGAAUUAUUGAGUUUUGAUAAAAUUUCGUCGUUUUAUCCAACGGGUAUAAUUAAAAUAGCAAGAUGUCUGUAGCUAAAGUGACUAAAGAUGGCAAUAAGUCUGAGCCCAUUGCGUACAGUGACGCAGCGUUGAGAAACAAUGCAGUGGUCGUGGAAUAUUGCAGAACAUCCAUGGCUGCAUUAUCAGGAUCUACUGCAGGUGUACUUGGACUCACAGGCCUCUAUGGCUUCGCCUUCUACGUGUUUGCAGUAGUUAGUCUAUGGGUAAUGUUUAUGGUAAAAACAGGGCCGAACUGGAACAAAUAUUAUGUUUCUAGACAGAGUUUAUUGACCAACGGUUUCUUCGGAGCAUUAUUCACUUAUGUACUGUUUUGGACUUUUAUUUAUGGCAUGGUACAUGUAUAUUAAUGUUAAGUUAUAAGAAUAUUGUAUAUUGUAUGUUUUGUUAUAUAGACCAAUCUUAUUUAUACUGUUAUAAGCUACGGUUUUAGUAAUACUGUAUGGUUGCAGAAAUGAAAGACUAAUGUCCUAUAAACAAUUCUGGAAUUUUAUUUAAGGACAAAUUCAUAGACAAAAGGGAUCAUAAAGUGGGUGUUAAAUUGUAUAAUAAUUUAAAUAAAAGUGUGAUGUUAUGUUUAAUAUAUUAUUACUUGAGACCACUAUUCAACAAGGUAACUAAGAAUAGUUAUUCAAGCGUUUGUGACUAUGCAAAAAUAUUUUCAACAUCCCAUCUAUCUUUUCACCAAAUUUUAUCAUAUUUAGUUCAGCAAUUUUGGGUGUGAAUGUGUAAUAAACAUUUUGCAUUUAAUUUCCUUAUCAUGAGGUAGGAAUAUUGUUUAAGAUUGUUGAAUAAUCUUAUAUAUAUAUCUAUAACAAGGUAUUUAAUUAUGUUUUUAUAAUAAGUAUAGUGAGAAAUGCUGAAUUAACUAAAAAUUACGAAUUACUCACGUAAUCAUACUGACAAUAGCUCUACUAGUUUCGAGUCACAGAGGGACUCUUCCUCAUGAGCAGUGUGCGCAGUCGCUGGGAUGCCGCGCAGCCUAUUUAAUAUUUACUAUCAGUUUAUUUGCGUGACUGCCUCGUUGGCCGAGUAGUCGCAAGUGCGACUGCCGGGA